AUGGAUAACAUACUCGACGCGGAUCAUCAUCACAGUCAUGAGAUUUACUCAAAUAUAAUUAAUCUCAAUGAUCCAAGUGUUUUGAGCAUGAUUGAUGCUGAGGAUGUGCAUUUCCUGAAAGAGCGACAAUCACUCUCCACGGCAUCAUUACCCCCCGAUGACAUGAAGCAGGUAGCCAAGUUAGUGGAAGAAGCAAGAAAACAGUUUGAACGCAUUAACAUUUUGGACAGCACAAUGGCUCCUACGACCCCUACCGCUACCAAUGCAAUAUUCACUGUGUUUGGAUUGGCAGCAUAUGUAGCAAUUAUCU